AUGCUGAAAGAACGUCCCGUCCCGCUGCAGCUCGGCAACGCCGGCGCCCCCAGAGCCAAGGUCGACACCUCUUACACAUGGCUGGCCAUGUAUUUCUUCCUCAACCUCUCCCUCACCAUCUACAACAAGGCCAUCCUCUCGACCUUCCACUUCUCCUUCCCCUGGACCCUCACAGGAAUCCACACCUUGUGCUCCGGGCUCGGCGCCCUGACCAUGGCUCGUCUUGGAUAUUUCACCCCCGCCACUCUUGGAGAACGGGAGAAUAUGGUCAUGCUCAUGUUCUCGUUUCUUUACACUCUUAAUAUCGCCAUUAGUAACGUCUCUCUGAAUGAGGUAUCAGUGGCGUUCCACCAGGUAGUGCGAGCAAUGACGCCCGUCUUCACGAUUGCCAUCUCGGUCGCAUUCCUGGCCAAGCGAUACAGUGGCAAGACCUACCUCUCCCUCCUCCCUCUUCUCAUGGGAGUCUACAUGGCGACCGUUGGCGAUUACUCCUACACCGCCAUGGGAUUCUUCUUGACCGUCCUUGGAACUGUCCUUGCGGCUACCAAGACUGUGGUAACGAACCGGAUUCAGGUCGGACGCCUUCAGCUUCACCCUCUGGAUCUUCUUCUUCGCAUGUCACCCCUGGCGUUUGUGCAGACGGUGAUCUUUUCAUGGAUGAAGGGCGAGUUGGACGAUGUGGUCUCGUUCUGUCAAACGGAUAUGUCGUGGAAGUUGGUCUUUGCCCUCUUGGUCAAUGGUAUCAUUGCCUUUUUCCUAAACUAUGUCUCCUUUACUGCCAAUAAGAAGACCAGCGCCCUCACUAUGACCGUCGCAGCCAACGUGAAGCAGGUGCUGUCGAUUGUCGUCGCCGUAACGGUAUUCAACACUACGAUCGGGUUCCUCAAUGGAAUCGGAAUCAUGAUCACCCUCUUUGGCGGUGCAUGUUACAGUUAUGUAGAGUGGAGUGAAAAGAACCAAAGAGCUAGGCCCAUGACCCCGGCCUUCCCCCCGCCUUCGCCCCCCGGUGCCCCCACGCUGUCUGAAAAGGAAGAGCUCCUUAGUGUCCGUGUCGUGAAUUAG